AUGGCGGCGGAUCGUGGCGGCGAAGGGCUGGGGUUGGAAGAGGGAAGUUUCUUGGUUCAUUUGGCACUGAUAUUGCCUGAAUCGGGGGUCGGAGCUGAGAGGAAUCAGCUCAGAAAGUCGGCUCGUUCCCCUCCCGAAUCCAGAAGAUUCUGGGUUUAUAAAAUUGAAGUUCGAGAUAUUUACGGUUAUGCCACUGAACUUCUUUUGCUCGUAACUCCUUCGUUACAACUCCGUUUUGAGUCCACUACGUGUCUACGGACUCCUUUUGUCGCGCUCUACGCAACAGUACAACUAGAAUCCUCAAAUUCCUUCCCGGUCAAAAAGUCAACUUUUAAACUAAUAAAAUAUUCUAGGGAAUAUCACGGUGGUGAGCAGGAGAUCUUUGCUAUCCUUACAAGCCAAGAACAACGUUUUGAUAUGCACACCGUUGAUGCUACUGAUCAGUCCAGUGGUCAGAAGUCUCAGAAGAAUUGGAAUCCUAAGGGGAAAUCAUAG